UGCCACGGUCUUCUGCCAAAAUCUCCGCGUUUAGCCCGCCUCUACACCUGCACGCCAAAAACACCCUGUUGAUACUUCAAAAAGUAUGGCGGAUUACUGGAAAUCAACGCCGAAAUACUGGUGCAAGCACUGCGGCGUAUACGUUCGCGACACCGGUCUCGAGCGUGCCAACCAUGAGGCGACGGCGAAGCAUCAAAGCGCCGUCAAGCGCUCCCUCCGAGAAAUCCACCGCAAUGCCGAACAGAAAGAACGCGAGAAAGAGCGAGCGAAACAGGAAGUCGACCGCCUGAAUGGGGUCGUCUCGGGAGUCCGCGGCGCCGCGUCGAGCGCAUCAAAAUCGACAACAAAACCAGGCGGUGGAGCGUACGGCGCGCCACCUCCGCAGGUAUCGCAAGCCGAGAGGCAGAAGCAGCUGGAGCAGCUCGCCGAGCUUGGCGUCAACAUCCCGACCGAGCUGAGGGGCAGCAUGGCGAUGGCGGGCGAGUGGACCGUGACCUCCACAAGGGUCAUCGAGCCGCGAAGCGAGAAGACGGACGGGACAGAUCCAGAAUCGGUGCCGGUGGAGGCCCGCGCAACCGGCGUAAAACGAGAGAGGGAGCGGGCAGAGGAGGAGAAGGAGCAAGAGGAGGCCAUCAAGGGGCUGUUUAAGAAGCCGCGAAAGUGGGGAAUCGGAUCCAAGACCAUGCCGACCGAGGAGGACGCCGAACUGGAUGCGUUGCUCAGUGGGCCGCUCGUGAAGACCAAGAAGGAAGAGAGCGAGGCUCCCCAAAUCAAGGCCGAGGAGGCUCCGGAACAGCCGGCAGCCGGAAGCGAUAUCCCCGAGUCGGUCAAGAAGGAAACAUCGCCCCCGAUCAAGAAGGAGCCGGAGGAGGACGAAUCUGGGCCUGGUGCUACGGCGGCAGACAAAGAGACCUCACCACCGCCUCCGUCGAGCGUGGCGGAUUCUGGAGCUCCCGCAGUCGUGUUCAAAAAGCGAAAGCCCAAGAACAUACGGCAGAAGUAGAGUUGCUCCUCCACCCAUGGUACGUAGUGAUCUAAAUUAA